GGAGUAGUCUGGUUUUUGAAUAUCGGAUCGGGAUUGAAGAGUUUCCCGGUGGAGGACGACGGAGAUGGUGAAAGAAUCUGUGAGGAAGUGCUCACAUUGUGGACACAAUGGCCACAAUUCGAGAACCUGUAACGGGAAGGCCGGCGGAUGCAUCAAGCUCUUCGGCGUCAAUAUAGCGUCGGAAAAGCAAGAGCUGUCGAUCAAGAAGAGUUUUAGCAUGGGGAAUCUGCAAUCCCUUGCGGAAAAUAAGGCGUCGGUGGAGGAAGACGGUUAUCUCUCCGACGGACAGAUUCACUCUAAGAGAAACAGAGCUGCUCACGAAAGAAAAAAAGGGAAGCCAUGGACUUCGGACGAACAUAAAAUAUUUUUAGCAGGAUUGCAGGCACUGGGAAGAGGGGCUUGGAAGGAGAUCUCAAAGAAUUUUGUGAUUACCAGGUCACCUACCCAAGUUGCGAGCCAUGCCCAGAAGUACUUCCUCAGGCAAGCUCCCAAUGACAAGAAGAAGCGUACGAGGGGUGAGUGCAGCGAUACAGGAUCACGUUUGCGGCACAAAUCAAGCCUAUUUGACAUGCCUCUAAAAGAAUCUAGCCCAACCCCUCAAGAUUUCCCAAUUCCAACUCCAAAAGAUACUGCAAAAUUUUUUUCUCAGGCCUCUUCUUCUUCCUCGUCAGCAUUACAGCCGAGUAAUGCUCCAGGAAUCACAACUCAGAUUGUAAACCGAUUCCCUCAUCUUUGCUUGGAUGAACGCCCACUCAUGACACCAAUGGCAGCCAGUGUUCUUCCGACUUAUCCUGGGAUUCAAUACAUGGUAGCACCUCAAACUGGGAGGAUAAUGAAUUAUGCAAUGUCAGGUUAUCUACAGAUGCCUAGAACCCUUGGAGCAAUAGUUACUUGUGCUCCUGUAAUUCACCCAUCUGGGAUACCUUCUUCACCAGGUUCAGUCGCACUUGCACAUAGCAUGUUGCGAGCCGUUCCCGAAACUUCAUCACCUCAGAAAGACCCUCUGGAACUCAAAAUUGCUCCUCCCCAAGCUUCACAAAAUGCUCAAGCUUCCGGUGCCAUACGUGUGAUUUGAAGAAGGGGUAUACGUCGAGAUGCCUGAUUUCACAAUUUUUGGCGAAGAGAUUUAUCUAGGAGUAGAACUCGGAGAUAAGACAUAUAUAUGGAGAGUAAAAUUAUUUUUUAAAAAUAAUCUCGUAGAUAAAAUAUUUCAAAUCCUCUGUUUGAAAGAAAUUAUAAUUCCCAUGUGUGGGACUUUUUGAUGAAGGAGAUUUUUCUUCUUUGAUCUUAUUAUUCAAGUCUCUGCCAAAGUAUAUCUUUAAAUUGGCAUCGGACUAACCAGACCCUCCUCCCAUGUUCUUCGUUAAUAAACUACUCUUUCGAGA